AUGCAGCAGGAGAAUGAGCGUAUGAAGCUGAAAGAUGGCCGUACCCUAUCCUACGCUGUUUACGGCAGUCCGGUACCCCAAAAGACAAUAGUCUUCAUGCAUGGCUGCCAAUCGUCGCGCUACGAAGGCAAGCUCUGGCACUCGGCUUGCGCCCUACACAACGUCCGAAUCAUCGCCCCCGACCGUCCUGGCAGCGGCUUAUCGACCUUUCAAACCAACCGUCGUAUCCUCGACUGGCCUGCCGAUGUGCUUGCACUGGCCGACCACCUCAAGAUCCACAACUUCUACGUACUGGGUGUAUCUGGAGGCGCACCUUACGUACUGGCCUGCGUGAAGGAGAUAUCGAAGGACCGCUUGAUGAGCGCUAGCAUAGUCAGCGGCUUGUAUCCAGUCAAUUUGGGGACAGCAGGCAUGACGUUUCCUUCGCGCAUUGUCCUAUGGGCAGCGCCAUGGAUGACUGGUCUGGUCACCACCUUGUUCGAUAGUACCAUGGGCAAGGCGAGUCGCAACGACGAUCCGAAAGUCCUAGAGGAAAUGAUUGCCAAGGAGAUCCAAUGUCGACAUCCCAGCGACCAAGAAGCCAUCAAAGACAGAACUAACUGGCCCAUCUACGUAGCCAUGACCAGGGAAUCGUUUUAUCAAGGGAGUGAAGGCGUAAGCUGGGAGGCAAAAUUGAACGGCAGCGACUGGGGCUUCGAGUUUGGCCAACUGUACGUUGGAGACAAUGGGAUCCCUCUUACGCUGUGGCAUGGUCGGGAGGACCAGAACUGCCCUGCUGCAAUGGCCCAGAAGGCCAAGGACCUGUUGCCAGGCAGCUCGCUGCGCCUGAAGGAUGGCGAAGGCCCGAUGAGUUAUAUAUUUCAGAACGCCGAUGACAUAUUGGAGGCUCUGAUGGGUGAGACUGAGAGUGAGGAGUACAUGGUGGUAGGCGCCGCGUAA